UCAGCCCCUGUGGCAUCCCUGUUACUCCGUGCCCCCCAGCGCUCUCGACUCCACCAUGCCAAGGGGCUUCCUGGUGAAGCGAACAAAACGGACAGGCGGCGCAUACCGAGUGCGCCUAGCGCAGCGGGUCUUCCCCAAGCCGGAGCCCCAGGGGGCGCCGCCCUUCCCCAAGGAGGCUUCCUGUGCCCCGCAGUCGGAUACAGAGCGGCCGGCACCCCCUAGCCCGGAGGAGCCCGGAAAGGGGCUGGAGGAAGUGGCGGCCCGGGAACUGUCGGGGUCGCCAUGUCGGGCAGCGGGGGUGAGACCGGAGCCGCGCGGGCGGGAAGGUGCAGAGUGGAGGGUGGAAGGCAGGGAGGGUCCCAGGCCCAGCUCCAGCCCUGCGAAGCCGGUGGGCACGGAGCUGCGCCGGGCGUUUCUGGAGCGCUGCCUUAGUUCGCCGGUCUCCGCGGAGUCCUUCCCCGGGGGCGCCGCCGCUGUGGCUGCUUUUUCUUGUUCAGUGGCACCAGCAGCCGUACCAACCUCAGGGGAGCAGUUCCAGCUGCCGCUCCGGGCACCGUUCCCGGACCCCGCGCUUCAUCCGGACCCCGCGCCCCUCUCCGCUGCCCUGCACAGCCUGAAGCGGCCCGCGGCAGGCGAACGCCGCGCCAAGGCGCCUCUGGGCUGCACGUCUGGACCUGCGGCUGCGGGAGUCAAGAAGCCAAAGGCUGUGAGGAAGUUGAGCUUUGCGGAUGAAGUGACCACAUCUCCCGUCUUGGGCCUGAAGAUCAAGGAGGAGGAGCCCGGAACCCCGUCCCGGGGCCCGGGGGGCGGCCGCACGCCGCUGGGGGAGUUCAUCUGCCAGCUGUGCAAGGAGCAGUAUGCGGACCCCUUCGCCCUGGCUCAGCAUCGCUGCUCUCGCAUCGUCCGGGUGGAGUACCGCUGCCCAGAGUGCGACAAGGUCUUCAGCUGCCCAGCGAACCUCGCCUCCCAUCGCCGCUGGCACAAGCCCCGUCCCACAGUGGCAAACGCCACCACGGUCUCCUCGAUUGACGGGAAGCUUCCUCCUUCAUCCUCCCCGGAUUCCGGGCCUGUUGCUUUUCUGGCGAAGGGGAAGGAGAACAGCCGGGCAGAACAGACCGAAAAUCAGCACCUGCAGCCCAGGGACAGCUCCAGGGUGGCGCAGAGCCCAGACAGCGCCCAGGCCCCAGGCCCCCAGGUGUUGUCCCACCUCGAGGCACCGCUCCCUCGGGUUCCCUACUCGGAGGGGAUGUUAGGGAGCCGGGUGCCUGGGCCGAGCACUGCCAGCGGUAUUGGGGAACCCGAGAUCUUCGUGUGCCCCUAUUGCCACAAAAAGUUCCGUCGCCAAGCCUAUCUGCGCAAGCAUCUGGGCACUCACGAAGCGGCCUCGGCCCGUGCGCUGGCCCCAGGCUUUGGGUCCGAACGCGUCGCCCCACUGGCCUUCGCUUGCCCACUGUGCGGGGCGCACUUCCCCUCUGCAGACAUCAGGGACAAGCACAGGCUGUGGCAUGCUGUCCGGGAGGAGCUGCUCCUGCCGGCUUUGGCCGGGGCACCCGCAGAAGCUCCGAGUCAGGGAGGGGCACCCGACGGCAGUGCUCAGCAAAUUUUCUCGUGCAAGCACUGCCCAUCCACUUUUUUUAGCUCCCCGGGGCUUACCCGACACAUUAACAAGUGCCACCCCUCAGAAAGCCGGCAGGUACUGCUGCUGCAGAUGCCACUGCGGCCAGGCUGUUGAGGGCCGAGAGACACGCUAGAUUGCGAGGUUGGCCUUGGAGGAAACAGAUCACGGGAAUUUCUGUGGGGCUUUGUUCAACUUGCAAGUUUACCCCCUUUCCUAUAUUUCUCUCCUAAAAAAGUCCCAGUAGUCAAUGUUCUGACACAGGAGCGGACAGCAAAAUGUAAAAUCCCUUUCUAGAGCAGGUAUGUAUAUGGAUAGUAUUAACAUUACCCGUCAAGAACUGUCAUCUUUAAAUCCUUCUUACUUUCCCCACGAAAAUAGGAUUCCUUCCUUGCUCUCCAAACUCUGAAGAUCCUAAUGAAUCCUAUGACUUGUAAUUCCUAUGGAAAGUCGCAGUGAAUGCAUGCAUGUCUCAAUGUCUACAAAGGAUUCUAGCUACCAACGAUGGUAGUCAUUUUUUCUCCUGUUAUCGCAGACACCUAUGUAGUUUCUGUCUCAAUAGGGUCAGAUAUCUUGCAUUGUAUUUUCUGUGAAUUAAAAGUUGUGACUGGUGCCAAACUUACGGGGUCUGGUGGGAGGGGAGGUGUGGAUUCAAGACCUGUGUCUGCAGGCAGCCAAUAUAGGACGUUUGCGCAUUUCAGGGUUGUGGGGAUUUCCCUGUAAGCUUUCUUUUUCGUAGUAGUAGUAGUCCAUUUUUAAGUUAGUGUUUGGAGGUGAGGAGGGUUGUACUUUACAGGAAGGAGCUGAGAUACCCCCAAGUUCCUCACCUUUAGCUAUUUUGUGUGUAGUAUUCAGCAAGAGCUACUUUAAACCUUAAAAAGCUUUUUGGAAAUAUAGAACUAAUUUUCUUAAGUUUAACUGUUUUAGUAGGGUUUCAUCCAAAUUGUUUAAUGCUUCUAUUGUAAAUCUCAUACAGCAUAUUAUAUAUUAAACUAUAUUCAGCUUAAGGAAGAUGUUAAUACCUAUAAUCCACUAUGAAACAGAAUGGCAAUUCAUUCAAUGUCCAGUAUUUUAUUUUCAGCAACCUGUUUUAGAUAUUUUGGUAAACCAUAUUUGGAGUACAUUCUGAACCCAUGCCCCUAUAGCCAGAGUUUGGGACACUGGCUACGUACUGCUUGACAGCCCAUAUUUGUAAGAUGCUUACCACCAAAUAAAUGUACAUAGCUGGUGCUUUGUUGUGUUCUGUUUGUCUUAAGAAUCCCAUUAAACACAGCCUAUUUCUCAAAGCCACACCUUAUCUCCCCAAAGCUAGUAUCCUACUUUAGAAUCUUACUGACCCACUUAGCCAGAAUACAGACAGGAGAAAUUUUAUUUUGUAAAUGAAUGUAAUGGUGAGGAAAUGCACUGGAAAAAUUUCCUUUGAAGUAUGGCUGCACAAAUAGAACUACAAAAGGCACAGAAUAUGCAC